AUGGGAAAAGGAUUCAAUAACUACAUGUGUAAAAAGUUUUUCCAUCCAGCCUCUCGUGACAACUUAAAGAGAGUAUGGAUGGCUGAACAAAAAACUGAUGCAUACAAGAAAAAACAAGAAGAGUUACGGGUCCAAUAUGAAAAAGAGCAAGAAUUACAUGAAAAUAAGGCCUUACUGAGCAAGGAUAGUAAAGACAAGCUAAGCUUAAAUUUUAUGUAUGAACCUCCUCCAGGGGUGAAAAAAGAGAGGGAACGUGAAGACAAUGAACCAGAAUAUAAGUUUGAGUGGCAACGGAAAUAUAAUGCUCCUAGAGAAAGCUACUGCAAAGGCGAUAAUGAAAUUCGAGACCAACCAUUUGGUAUCCUUGUCAGAAAUGUGCGCUGUAUCAAGUGCCAUAAAUGGGGACAUAUUAACACAGAUAAAGAGUGUACUAUGUAUUCAUUGUCUAUGAGUGAAGCAAGAGCAUUGCAAGCUUCUGCAUCAGUUCCUCAAGAGGAAGAGGAAAAGCCAGAUGUCCCAACAUUAAUGCAGCAAAUGAGAGAUAAUGGUUUGGUCAUGAAACCUGGUGCCUUGCCACUUGCUGCUACCAAAGUAGAGGAAGGUGAAUCUUCCACCCUCACAGAAACCGAUCUCAUAAGUCAACUGACUAAGAAACAAAAGAAAAAAUUGUUAAAGAAAUUGGAAAAACUUGAAAGAAAAAAGGAUGACAAAAAGAAAGACAAAAAGAACAAGUCUAAACAUUAA